AUGCUCAAUCCGAGGACCUUUGUUUUUUCGGGGCCUCCUCCCGAUGAGCCGCAGCAACAACAACACUCAACGGCUUCUUCUUCUUCUCGGAGAAGAGCAGGAGGACAAGCAGUAGUGCAUGACCAACCGACGCAGCCCGGAUCUUUGCAUCAUCAUCAUGCUCAACAGAAUGACAUGAAGUAUCAAAUCAUGCAUCAUUCUCGGGAGGAAUUGUGUUUAUUGGAACAACAACAUUCCAGAUCAUCAUUGGACGAUUCUAGAAUUCUUCAUCAGAGGAGAAUGGAUCAAACUACCGUGUUGAAUCAUAGUAGUACGAGUUCUAAUGCAAAUUAUUUGAAUGAUACAAGUUUUGGAAGUAACGGAUUUUCAUCAGCGGGAGCUGGAGGAAAUACUUUUCAACAACGACAGCCAAUAGUUUAUGAACAACAAGUCGUUGGUUAUGUUUCACGGAGUAGUAGUGUGGUUGGAAUUUCACCUUCCACGAGUGGUGGUGGACAUUAUUCAGCAAACAGUUCUUCUUCUGCAUUUAAACCUACUGUUAAAAGUGCAUUCAUGUCGUCACAAUUUUCGAGUGGAAAAAGUUCAAAUGAUUUACCAACUUGUUUAGAAAUUCCUAAAGUAUUAUUAAAUCCAGUUACAAAACAGAGGCCCUAUAGCCUUUUACAAAUGGUCACAGUCGGCUACAAGACUGUCACAACAAAUAUUCGGCAAAAAAUUAAUUAUGGAGCAAGUCAUUCAUUACAUGACGGUCGUCGAGCAUCAAUGAAUGCAAGUUCGAGUGGCUCGACUAUUGCCACAGAUUUUCCUGUUGGAUAUUUUACAGACAAUGACUUGGAGGGCUCUGUGCUUUUACCGCAACACAAGCACAUUCGAAUGUGGCCUCUGCUCUUCCGAAGAUUUAAAUUUGUGUCUCUACUAGGUGAAGGACGAUUUUCUAAAGUUGUUCUUUGUGAAGAUUUGUUUAUUCCCAACAGAAAAGUUGCAAUCAAAGUAAUGAAUCAAAAAGCCAACGAGAUUGGAAUUCAAGAAUCAUUACAUUACUACAAAAUGCAACAACUCGGAAGUUCAAAAUCGAUAUCCAAGUUAUACUUGACAUUCUUUUUCUAUGGACAUUUUUGUUUAGUUUUUGAACUUUUGGGAGAAAAUUUACUCAUGUACAUUCAACGAUUUCAAUCAUACACCAUGCCAAUGACCACACUUAAAAAGCUAGCAGUACAACUAAUGACAGGAUUAGCAUUUAUGCGAGAUCACAAUAUUAUUCAUGCUGACCUUAAACCUGAGAAUAUAUUAAUGGGAAAUGAAUCUAAGAACUCUCUAAGAAUUUCUGACUUUGGAAAUGCUCUGGAUUUUUGUGAUCAACAAUUAAUAGAAUCCAACAAGGGACAUCAAAUUCAAACAUUACUCUAUAGAGCUCCUGAAAUAUUACUAGGAUUGAAUUCAUUCGACUUUCAAAUUGAUGUUUGGUCUGUUGGAUGUAUACUCAUUGAAUGCUACACUGGAAAUCCAGCAUUUAACUGUUCCUCACCUGAAGAACUUUUUCGACAAAUGGUCUCUCUUCUAGGACCUGUACCAUAUUCUUCCUCUAAUUUAUUGAAACAACAUUUUGAUCUUUCCAACACACAAACUUAUAAUUUUGCAAAAAAACAGCACAAAAUCUGCAAAUAUUUGAGAUUGAAAAAGAACAAUGAUUUUGCUUCCUUUUUAGUUGGUUUGUUAGAAUAUGAUCCAACGAAAAGAAUGACACCACUGCAAGCAUUGUCACAUCCUUUCCUUCAAUCACUCUUUCCAUUUUCUUCCAUUGUAAAUAGUUUGACACAACAUGUCAUUUCUUCGUUGAAAUAUAAUGAGUUGAAACAAGAGAAUGAACAACACAAACAAACGAUCGAUCAAUUAUUAAGUCAAAUUCAAGAAUUGAAACAGAUGAGUAGAAAACGACAUGAAAAUCCUUCUUCAUCGGCCGAUGUGUCUCCUCUUGUGCAGCAUGGUCAUGGGCAAACGGUAAUGGCAACUACUGGAGCUAAUCAUCAUUCCUUUCAUAAUCAUCAACAAUCUCCACGCACUCCUUCGUCAGCAAUCACAGCACGACAUGCUUCUUCAUUCAAUUCUCCCAUAACAACCAUGAGUUCAAACACUGCUAGUUCUGCAACGCCUUCAACAACAGCCACGGUCGGUAUUGUGCCAUCAACAACAAUGUUGACAAGGAGCAACUCAUUAUCAUCAACUAGUCAUACUGAACCACCUAGUAAGAAGACAAAAACAGAAAGCACUACCCAAUCAAUGGGUACAUCAGUCAGCAACAACUCGGCAUUCGCAACUGCCGUUCAGCAUAACAAAACGAAUCAUGUUAUUCAGGCACCUCCAAAAUCCACACGAUUGAGCUGUGAGAAGUGUGACAGCACCUUUUGUGAAUUUUCUGAACACUCGAAUUCUCAAUAUGUUGUGAAAUGUAAGAAAUGCAAACAUAUAUUUAUUAGAAACAAAAAAUAA